AGGGGCCAUUGUGCUCACUUCCUCAUUUCAAACAGCGACAGAGAUCGAGCACGGUUGAGUUUGGAGAGAUCAAUCUUUUUAAAGACUCAAAGACGACUUCAUACUUAAACUUUAUACUGUGAAGCUGAGAAGUUCAUAUCAUCCCAGAGCUACAAAUGGAGCAAGCUUCUGCUAAAAUCACCCAACUACUCAAAAAGCUCUGUCCACAAGAGCAACCUGACUGUAAAGGUAUUCUGGAAGAAUUAUAUAGGAUAACACAGACAACAAAAGACACAAGAAACUGGGAUCCCAACUUUAUUGAGAUGUUUUGCAAGGAAAUUGCUCGUUUUGUGUAUCAAGACUACUCUUGUGACAUUCGGAACUUAGUUUAUGACAUAUAUAAAAAUGUUCUUUCAGAUGAACAUGCUGGUCAUAUCUUAGAGAUCAGAAUUCUUAAAGAUCCGAAAGAAGUGUGCAGACGAUUGACCGAUCAUUUCAAAAAACUAACCCUGGAAUGUGGAGAUGGUACAGCUUUUAACAGAUCUGAGAACAACGAUGAAAGACCACAAAGUCUAAAAGAGCAUGCAGCAGUUUUUCAUGAUGAAUCCACUCAAACUUCAGUUGGCAUAUCCACACCUCAUACACAGAAUUGGCAUCCAAUCAGCCUUAGGUGGAAAGAACAGCUUCAGAAUCUUGUCAGUUCUGUAAGGGAAAGUAAAGGAACCAUCAUUGGAAACAUGAUUUAUGUGAAUGAAGAACAAUUCUGCAUAGCAAUAGGAAAUAGUGGUACUGAAGUGUUUUUGGGGCUGAGAGAUGAUGGCACUGAAGUUGCUAUUAAGAAAAUGAACAAACGCAACUAUCAGGUGCUGAAGAAUGAGGAAGGAUUUCUAAGACAUCCGGAGCUUGACCAUCCAUCCAUUGUGAGAUACAUUGACCAAUCAGCGGAUGACAACUUUGGAUAUCUUGGUCUUCAACUGUGUGAAUACACCUUGGAAGAAUACAUCAAAACUCAUGAUGAUGAUGGGCUGAGGAAGAAACUUGCCUAUCAGGUUCUCGACAGUUUGAAGGUGCUUCACUGUCAAGAUCCUCCCAUUCUCCACCGGGACUUCAAACCACAGAACGUUCUGAUCGAUGUGUUGCAGAAGGUGCGUUUGGCUGAUUUUGGUAUAAGUAGACGGUUACCCAAAGGGCAAACAACUCACUGCACAGGAAAAGCAGGGACACAAUGCUGGAUGGCCAGGGAGACUUUAUUGGAAGGAGAUGAAACCAAGAUACCGUACAAGUCAAGCUCUGACAUACAGGUGGCAGGGAUGCUGAUCUAUUAUAUCCUCUCUGGAGGGCACCAUCCUUUUGGUGAGAAAAAACAUAAAUGUGAGUACAACAUUGAUAAAGGGAACUACUCUUUGGACCAUGUUCAAGACGAGUUGGCGAAAGGCCUCAUUGAGUGGAUGAUUGAUGCAGAACCAACGAACAGACCUAAAGUGGAAGAAUGCUUGAGGCAUCCCUUCUUCUGGGAACCUUACAGGAAAUUAGAAUACUUGAAGAAGGUUGGAAACAGGGAUGAAGUGGCAAGAUACAAAAAUGUUAACCAGGAAUUAAGUUCUUCACUGGAGAAGUUUGCUGAGAAUGGAUCCUUUAAACAGUGGAAAAAUCAGUUUCCACCAGAGUUGAUGAAAACGAUGGAUGGCAAGAAAAAAUACACUGAAAACACGUUGGGAUUACUGCGCUUCAUCCGAAACCUCCAUGAGCACCAUGUUAACGAUGCAGCAGAAUUGGAUCUGCUGAUGAUGUUUCCUAAACUCUUUGAGUGUGUUUAUAUAUUUGCCAAAGCUAAAGGGUGGAAUAAUGAGACCCCUCUGAAGGAAAUGUGUAUAACAGAAGUGUCACUAAGAGACGACAUCACCACCAGAGUUGCAUCACCCCCUAGGGACGGUGAAGAGGAUAUCCCACUCUCUGUUCAAGAAUCUCCAUGCGUCUCUACUCGGCCAACUGGCUAUAGCUCCCGCAGAUCUUCAAUUUAGAAAGAUCUUUAGAAAGAUCUUGACUCUCCAUCAAAACAGGAGACGAAAAGAACUAUGAGUUAUGGGAGGCGAAAUUUUUGGGCCACCUUCGUUUGGAAGGCUUAAAAGAAACAAUUCUAACAGAGCCCACUGCCGACGACGCGGAUGAGCUGCUGGAAGAUACCAGAAAGAUUGAGGAAGCCUAUGCAGAACUCAUUCAGUUUCUGGACGAUAAAAGUUUGUCGCUGGUGAUGCGGGAGGCUGCCGAUGACGGGCGGAAAGCCCUACGAAUUUUAAGAGACUAUUAUCAAGGUAAAGGAAAGCCACGCAUAAUAAGCCUCUAUACAGAACUGACUUCACUUCAGAAGUCAGAAAGUGAAAGUGUGACGGAGUACGUGAUCCGGGCAGAGACCGCAAUCACAGCGCUAAGAAAUGCCUGUGAGACAUUAAGUGAUGGACUUUUGGUAGCGAUGGUGUUGAAAGGUUUGCCUGAGUCCUUCAAACCAUUCGCGAUCCAUGUUACACAACAAGAUGAGACAAUAUAUUUUGCUGAGUUUAAAACAAAGCUACGCAGCUACGAGGACACGGAGAAGAUGCGCACUGCAGCGACAGAUGACAACGUGAUGAACGUGCGGCAGCAGAGAGCGAGACCUGCCGGGACAGGUGACUGGGGAGCCGAGAGGGCCGCAGCGGACGCGGUGUGCUUCAGAUGCGGCAUGAAGGGACACCUGGCCAGAGCCUGCCAGCGUAAACUCUGGUGUAGUCACUGCAAGAGCAACACACACCGGGACACAACCUGCAGACGGAGGCAGCGGCGGGACCGAGACGACGCACGAAAGGUAUCCGGGCAGACAGCUGACCAGGACAAGGAGUACGUCUUCCGGGUGAGCGAAGGAGCAGCAGGAGUGGACGUGAGGGGCCUGAUGGUCGACUGUGGGGCAACUUCGCACAUCGUCACAGACCUGGCAAAGUUUAAGAGCUUUGAUGACGGGUUCCAGGCCAAAACACAUUGCGUGGAGCUGGCGGACGGGACGCGGUGCAAGGGCGUCGCAGAGCGCCGAGGCGAUGCAGAAGUCUGUCUGAUCGACAGCAAAGGAAGACGCCUGAACGCAACGCUGAGGCAGGCGCUGUAGCCUAUAUCCCAUCCUACACACAAGACAUUCUAUCCGUGAAAGCAGCUACUGCCAGCGGAGCGACGGUGAUCUUCAAGAAGGGGAAGGACGUUCUGAUCCACAAAGACUGUACCAAAUUCCACAUUCACGUACACGAUAGACUAUAUUAUUUGCACACAGUAAACAAUGAUGACAAUGAAUGUGAUGGUCAAUGCAAGGGAUGUCAUGAUAUGCAGACAUGGCAUGAGAUACUGGGACACUAACUACAAUGACAUUCAGAAGUUACAAGAUGUUGUGGACGGUAUGAAAAUUAAGGGUUCAACGAACAAACCUUUACAUUGUGAAGUGUGCACUCAGGGCAAGUUUUACCAAACUAGAAACAGAGACCCUGAUGUGAGGGCUAAAGCCCCUCUAGAGCUAUUACACACAGACUUGGCAGGACCAAUCCACCCAGAGUCGAGAGAAGGGUACAGAUAUGCACUUUCAUUUACUGAUGAUUUUUCCAGUACAGUGUUUGUGUAUUUCUUGAAAAAUAAAAGUGACACAGUACAAGCUACAGAGAAGUUUCUAGCUGAUACAGCCCCAUAUGGCAAAGUGAAAUGCUUCAGAUCUGAUAAUGGUACUGAAUUCACAGGGAAAGCAUACCAGACCUUACUCAUUAAAAAUGCAAUCAGACAUCAAACAUCAGCACCUUACUCUCCUCACCAAAAUGGGACUGCUGAGCGCAAUUGGCGCACACUUUUUGACAUGGCAAGGUGCAUGCUAAUUGAAAGUGGUUUGCCAAAACAACUGUGGACCUAUGCAGUCCAGACUGCGGCUGUGGUUUGGAACAGGUGUUUUAACAAACGUACAGGGCAGACACCAAUCCAGAUGUUGACAGGAAGACGGCCCAACUUGUCUAGAAUGCAAAGGUUUGGAACUGAAUGUUUUGCUUAUAAACAAGACAAGAGAAAACUUGAUCCAAGGUGUGAAAAGCGUGUUUUUAUCGGGUACGACAAAAACAGUCCUGCAUACAUUGUUUACUUUCCUGUCAGUAAGAAAGUGCAGAAGCACAGACUGGUAAAGUUUGUGGCUAAAUCAGGUGUAGAACGACAGACACAGACUGAUUUUGCACCUGAGAAUGAUGACUUCAUCCAGCACAGGUCCAGAAGUCCAGAUCAUCAUGUUAAAGUGGAACAGAGACCUGAAGUCAGCCACCACCAACCACAGACAGUUGAGGUCAAGUGUGAGCCUGAGUGCAGCCGUUACCCUUCCAGAGAGAGGAGGAGACCAGACAGAUACACAGAUUGCGGUGUUUCUAAAUAUGUGUCUGAGGAGGAGACUGAUCAAGUCCAGAGUAACAUUGAUUAUUGUUAUCGUGUGAUGAAAACUUGGGUAUACAUGCGUACAGUGAUGCAAACUGGGCUGGUGAUGUGAAUGAUAGACAAAGUACGAGUGGGUAUUGUGUAAGCCUGACUAAGGGUGCCACUUUGGUGUCGUGGAAGACGAAAAAACAGCCCACUCUAGCAUUGUCCACGUGUGAGGCGGAGUAUAUUGCACUGGCUGUAACCAUCCAAGAGUGUCUGUACCUCACACAACUUUUAGAUGGUAUUGAUGGACAUGUAUAUGUAUUACCCACGGUGUAUGAGGACAACCAAGGCACAAUAGCUUUAGCUAAGAACCCAGUCAGUAGGCAGCGAUGUAAACAUGUGGACAUUAAGUACCACUUCAUACGGUCGACUGUGAAUGAUGGUAAAGUAUUAUUGGAAUAUUGUCCAACUGACCAGAUGGUUGCAGAUCUGAUGACCAAGCCUGCAACAAAAUUUAAGUUGGCUAAAUUUGCCAGAUUUAUGUUUGGGGAUAACUGAAAAAAAAUCUGGAGAUGUAAUAUGUGAUGUUUUUCUGACUGGUUGUAAAGGUAAUGUUUUGAUUUGUUUGUAAUAAUGUGAGAGCAAGAGGGGGUGUUGAAUGGUGCUCUCAAUUAUUGUUUAUUUUUGUUUCCAUAAAUGAUUUAAAUAAUUUGUGAUUUACACUGACAAGCCACCUGUGUGGUGGGCGUGGCUAAUAAAGGGCCUUCCUGCAUGCAGCUGCUCUGAGUUGCAGAGUGAGUGCCAUGAGAAGCAGCAGAGAGUCUCUCGUCUUUUUCUUUGUCCUCCACGUUCGGUGCACCCCACAGUUGAGUUUCACAACGAGUAGCCGCUGUAACGGGCUGCUCUGCUAACAAUUACUCAAUAAGUAAUACUUAAAUUCCAACUUUACAGUUGCCAAUGUUAAGAAUGUCUUUUGGAUUAACAGGUUUUCAAGGGUCUGUUAUAUUACAAGAUUGAAAACACUGACGCUAAAAGACUAAAGAAUGCUUCAUUAUUUUAUACACAUAGUGUCUUUCCUGAUCAGUCUUCCUCUAUACUAAACAUGUUUAGUGAGUUUCUUUUGGGGGGUUUUAAAUUAUUGUUAGCAAACAGUAAAGUAACUUAUCCGUGGUGUUGAAAAUGUUGUCUACAAUUGAUGGGUGCAAAUUAAACUACAUUCAAACUUGAGUAUCUAAAUAAAUGAGUUUAAAAUGUGAUUGUUGUUUUGUGAUUAUGUGCUAUGUUAAUGGUGGGUUAUGUAUAUCAGUCAAGAAUCAAAUGCAACCAACAUGUUUGUUCUUUAAUACCAAUACUUUUGAAUGUUAAAGGAGGCUCAGUUCAUUAUUGUAAAAGGAUUUAAAAAGCAUAUUUUCUCUAUAGUUUUAUUUAUUCAGUAUUUUAUCAGAUUUCAUUGAACUGUCUGACUUACUGUUCACCAAAUGAUGCAUACGUGCUUUUAUUGUGAAGGAAACCUUCCAUUUACAUUGUAUUCCUUUAAAGGACCGCUACAGUUUGGAAGUGUUUCAGAAACAUUUAUGUAAUAGAUUCAAAUGUGGAAAAGUGGAAAAUUCAUAUCAGAAUUAUUGCUCAAAAUGCAUAGCUUUUUGACAAUACCUUUAUUUUCAUAGCUCUACCGGAAGUCGUAUAUUUACCCCCUUCACAUUCCGCGGGAAUUGACAGCGGAGCCAAACAAUUGUGACACCGCAUCCGGAUAAACAAACGGGGGUGAGGGAGCUCAGACUGAGGAGCGAGGGCAGCCUGCAAACCUGACAUUUUUGGCAAAAAUAUUUCCUAUAAUAAUGCAGUCUUCCAAGAGGAGCGAGAAUGACUGGCAGGGACUGGUGAGCGAGUUCCUGGUGUGUAAGCGGAAGCUGGAGAGUAAGAAGGAGGCUCUGCUCAUCCUGUCCAAGGAGCUGGACACCUGUCAGCAGGAGAGGGAUCAGUACCAGCUGAUGGCCAACCAGCUGAGGGAGCGCCACCAGGGACUGAAGAAGAAGUACAGAGAGCUCAUCGACGGUGAUCCCUCUUUACCACCGGAAAAACGCAAUCAAGUGAACCUCGCUCAGCUGCUGAGAGACUCGAGGGAACGAGCCAAAAAGCUGACGGAGGAGGUGAAGGAGCUGACGCAGAGGCUGACGGAGGCCCAGGGGGACAACAAGCUGCUGAGGAUGACCAUAACUCGACAGAGGCUCGGCGAUGAGGAGGUGGGCCCGCGACAUUUCCCCCCCCAUGAACGUGAGGACCUUGUUCACCAACUAGAGAGAGCAGGGCUCCAGAUGGAGGAGUUGGAGCACAAUAUGAAGGCUCUGACCGACGAGCUGCAGGACGUGAAGGCAGAGCGGGGCGUCUUCAGGGAGAAGACCUACCGCCUCAACGUGGAGCUCAACCACGUCCUGGGCAACCGCGAGGCACGCAUCAUUGAUGUUGAUGCCCUCUGCAUGGAGAACAGGUAUUUGCAGGAGCGUUUGAGCCAACUGCAAGAGGAGGUGAACCUGCUGAAAUCCAACAUCAUGAAGUACAAGACAGCUCUUGAGAGGAGGAAGAACUCCAGCACGUAUGGGAAAUCCAGCAGCAGUCCACUCACUGGAGUCCUCUCAGCAAAACAAGUCCAGGAGCUGCUCCUGGAGGAGCAGGGCUGCAGCCUGCCAGCCACGCCUCAGUCCAUCUCAGACCUCAAGUCUCUUGCCACGGCUCUGCUGGAGACCAUCCAUGAGAAGAAUCUGAUCAUCCAGCACCAGAGGCACACCAACAGGAUCCUGGGAAACAGAGUUGCAGAUCUGGAGAGGAAGCUGAAGACGUUGGAGGUGUCAGGACUGUGGAGUCUUCCAGGCUUGACCUACCGCGUAUCGGUGGGAAUUGGGAGAACAAGAGACAACCACACACUGAAUGAAAAUCUUCCACCGGAGCUUCACCCGUCACAAGCCGCGCCUCCGCCACACCUGCAGCCACCCAAAGAUAAAUCAUCGUGGGAAUGCCUCUCCGCUGGCAGCGACCUCGGCACAGAUGGCUCACCUGCACUGCUCCAAAACCUGCAGCCUCUCCCGGGGGUGAAGACGAAUGGAAUUGACAGGAGAGGUGGAAAAGUCUUGAAGGAAGACGGAGUCCCCUUGGAGCUGGGGGAGGGGCGCAGUCCGGUCGAGGAGGCUGGGCAUGAGGUGGAGGGGGUGGAGGAUGAAGAACUGGGCUCCACGGUGGAGGAAGGAGUGGAGGCCGCUCUGGCGCUGGGUGGUGCAUCCACUGACUCAGACCUUCCCUGGCUUCCAAUCAAACGAGCGCCUGUGGAUCUUUCAGAGGCGGGUCGGCUUCUGCACGGCGAGUCCCAGGACGAUGGGUCGGAUCAUGAACAAGUAGAAGCCUCAACUCAAGAGAGCCGGUCCGACACAGCGGAGUGGGACGUUGUGGAUCUGCGCAGUGAUGCCUGUCGUUCCGACAACUUGGCAUGAUCUGCCUUCACUUAAAGACUUAUUUAAACUGUCCUCUUCUUUUUGGCUAAGCUGUUCUGCAUACGGCCUGUCAGUAUGAUGUCCCAACGAUAUCGGUAGGAGGUACUCCAGAGGAUUCCUGAAAUACUAGUUCGGAAAUAUCAGAGAGAAAUAGACAAACAUAAGUACACUAUGCAUUGAAAGUUAAUUUACAAUAUCCUUUGGAGAUUCAAAUCCAGGGAAAAGCUAACCGGUCUAAGCUAGUGGCACGUUUUAAUAACUUACAUUAAGGGUAAACAGAGUAAUUCAAUGUAUUUAUUUUAGGCACCCUACAGCUUUCAUUAUAUAAUAUUAAUACAUGGUAUUUAUAUAGCACUUUUCCUGUGCUCAAAGACGCCUAUAUACCUUAAAAGUACAUGUUCUCUUUACAUUUGUUUAAAGCAGAGAAAGUAGUAAAAGGAAGUAGGCGUUUGCUCUCUUUUUAAAUAUCUAAUGUCUGAUUUAAAGGUUCCUGAAGGCUUGAAGUCCGCCUGGGCCUAGGUACGGUUUGCUAACGUAUGAUUGGACAGCAGCUGUAUUAGGGAGGGGCUUAACCAAGGAUCGACUGCAUGAAUCCUCCUGAGUUGUAUUCACUUACCGUGGCCGGCGCUCAUUAGCUCCCUGCCCCACCUAGCAGCUCUGCUUUAGUCAAUAAAACGGAGUGAAAACACUCUUUAGCCAGAGGUGCACUUUGUACACAGACAGGAACAGACAAUCUUAAAAUCAAUGGAGUUACAAACUUCAUGCCCUACAGGAAGAGUUUCGCUACGAGAAUUACAAAUAUGGCAGCCUCCCUCUGUCCUCCCCCUGAGAUUUAAUCAUCCCAAAUGUGUGCUUUCUUCCUCCUCCUAAGGGUUGCCACUAACAGAGCUUUUAAUCUCAUAGGGGGUCCACAUUGACUUGAAUGAAUGUGCUUUGUACAUAUGUGUAAAUGAAUAACUUUAAUAUUACAGAUGAUGUCUAUCCAUCUGUGCGGGUGAAUCUUACUAAUCAGUGAGUUUUUUUUAUUUGUAUUUAUUUGGUCCUGAACAUUUGGAUGAGACUACAUGUGCCUUAUGUGUGGGAAAAAAUCUGAUAACAUAAAACUGCAUAA